AUCCUGUUGCCGUCGCCACCGCCACGUUCCCUAAGCUUUCACCCACCUUAGUGCCCGCCGGCCCCCAACCACCACGCUUACUUACCUUACCCGCCACAUACAAAGUCACAAACACGCACACCUCGACCAGGAUCGGCUUGGUUUGGUAGUCACUUCCCUUCGCCACCACGUUGAUAUCCUCUCUGCUCGAUCGAUCUUCACUAGCCACCAGCGAUGGCGCCCCGGUUCCUGGCGUGCUUCGGCAGCAGGGGCGGCAGCGCGACGGCCUCUGCGCCGGACAACCCUGCGGAGCAGGCCGAUGAUCAGCAGCAGCAGCUGCCCCCGGGGCCGGUGCUGGUGGAGCUCUUCUCCUCGCAGGGGUGCGGGGCGUCACCCGAGGCGGACGCCGUGGCGGCGCGGCUGGCGCAGGACGCGGCGGAGGAGGGCGGCGCCGGCGAGCGCGCGGUGGUCGUGCUCGGGUUCCACGUGGACUACUGGGACUACCGCGGCUGGAAGGACCCGUUCGCGUCCAGCGCCUGGACGGUUCGGCAGAAGGCCUACGUGGAGGCGCUCCAACUCGACACGCUCUUCACCCCGCAGGUCGUCGUCCAGGGCCGCGCCCACUGCGUCGGCACCGAGCAGGACAAGCUCGCCCAGGCCGUCCGCGACGCGCCUCGUUACCCAUCCCCCGCCAUGAAGGUGACGUUCCAGAGGCCGAACCCGGGCACGCUGCAGGCGACGUUCAAGGGCGCGCUCAGGGCGCGCGUGGACGGCGGCGACGGGAGCGUGCUGGUGGCGCUGUACGAGAGCGGCGUGGUCACGGACUGCGGGCGCGGCGAGAACAAGGGGAAGUCGCUGCUCAACGACCACGUGGUGCGCCGGCUGGAGAAGGUGGCCGCGGUGCGGGACGGCGCCUCCGCGAAGAAGACCGUGUCCGGGUCCGUCCAGUUCCCGCUGUGGGACGGCUUCCGGGCCACCAAGUGCGGCCUCGUCCUCUUCGUCCAGAACGCCAAGCUGCACGUGCUCGGCGUCCAGCACUUCGACCUGCCCGACAACGUCUGAGUGGAUGGACUGCCCAGCACGAUCGAACUUGCAUGUGUAUGCAUGUACUGUAAACAUUCUUUGUAGAGUUUGAUUGGCGUACGUGAUGUGUUAUUGGAAGGUGGAAACUAUCAAGAGGAGGAAAGGGAAUUCCGGAUUGCAACCUACCGUGCAACUUUGUACUAAAUCUAAGAUGUUUAUUAUUGAUCGGAGGAAUUAAAUCUAAUACGUUUAUUAUGGAUCGGA